AUGGAUGCCAUGGAUGCGAAGGUCCUGCAAUUCCUACGUGCUAGAGAUUUCACGGCGACCCUAGAUGUGGCAAAGGGCAUUGGCCUGCAAACCAAAGCAGAAGUAAACCCAGCUUUGUACAGACUCGAGAAGCAGGGCAAGGUCUUGAAGGAGGAUGCUCAAAAGCCACGUUGGAAGCUCGCGGGGCAUAUUGCUUCAGUUGAAAAUGCUAGUGUCCAAAUGGAGUCGAACCCCUCAGCUGUAGAUCUGGCCAUUCUGCAGUUCCUACGUGCUGGAGAUUGGACGGCGACCCUGGAUGUGGCAACUGGCAUUGGCCUGCAAACCAAAGCAGAAGUAAACCCAGCUUUGUACAGACUCGAGAAGCAGGGCAAGGUCUUGAAGGAGGAUGCUCAAAAGCCACGUUGGAAGCUAGCUGGGCAGAUUCCGCCUCCAGCCGACGUCGCAAGCGGCACGCCAGCGCCGACGCGGACAGACCAAGACUCGGCCAACGGCCCCGAGAGCCGCCGUCUGGCUGCCACUGGGACCGUGGGCCCAGUAGACACUGCACCACGCACAGAUGCCGGCACAGCACGCACAGGGCCCGUUCGUGCGGAAGGCGCGCAACAGGAUGGCUUGAGGGUGGAGAAUGCCAAUCCCAAAGGUCAAUUGCUGGAAUGGUUCGGAGCACAUGCAGUGAGGCUCACUUCGAAGGAGGUGCCCAAGGAUUUUCAGUACGAGAUUCGUGUGGGGCCUGUCGGCUCCAAGGCUUUUCUGGGUGAGGUCGAAAGCAACAAAGCUGCCGCACAGAAAAGCGCCUGCCAGAAAGCGCUGCAUCAUUUUCAAGAGCACGAAGAUCAAAUCCCCAAACUGGCUCCAUCAAACAGCGAUUUCAAGCAGCAGCUUGAAUCGGUGUUGGGUCAUGUUGACUUCAAUGCUGUUGAGUCAGAUGUAGGUGGGUUUCGCGCAACAGUCAAGGUCACUGUGGGGCAAAAAGAGAUUCAAGUCACGGGUAAAGGACGAAGGAAAGUCGAUGCAGAGCAGUUUGCCGCACAGGCUGUGCUUGAUCAAUGGCCCCAGGAUGGGUCUGUACCCACACCAGGGACGACUGUGAACAAGGAGUGGCAGAUGGAAGCGCUUGAGGAGCAAUGUCACGAGCAUGACAAGCUCAAGGAUAUGCUUCGAAAGUGGGAUUUGCCAAACUUCGACUUCAACAAGAUUUCGCCGAACCUCUCUUCGUGCAUCAAGCAAGCUGUCAAGUUGGACCUCAUUGAUGAGGAGGAGAGGAGGCGCUUGGUGCAAAUUAACACUCGUGGCAACUGUGCCAAGCAUGCUCCAGAAAGGCUGCGUCCCAAAGAGGCGCAUGGAACUCUUAAACUGAAGGCAGUGAGCCGAGAGUCUUCAGCCUCCCCAGCUGGGUCUGAGGAUAGCUGGUGA